GAGAAUGAUAAAAUGGUGUAUUCGUUGAUCAAACCGGGCCACACAUUUGAAGCUAGAAAUUAAAUUAGACAUCCACCAUUUUGUUUAUUUUCGUGAAAAUUCUUUUUCACCUUGAAGCUAUAGUGAAAUUUGGUUACCCUGUCUUAUGAUACUGCAAAAAAAUAUAACUGGCAAUGAUUAUUACAAUAGGAAUGUGCUAUUAGCGUACAUUAUUAUUGGGCCCUUUUGUUGAAAUUUGCAGACAUCGGCCGCGCCGCUAGUAAACACUCUUUUAAAAUUAACACCUUGUCCUCAAAAAACAACAAAAUCCCGGAUUCACAGAGCAUCCGAAUCAAUGAGAAAGGUUCUUUGAAUUUUGUUCAACGCAUAUUUAGCAGAGGUAAAGGGAGUGAUCCUCUAGCGUUAAAGGAAAUUUCGAGGAGUUGUGGGCGACAGUCUCCGGUGGCGCGCCCGGCUAACAUGAAUCACACGCCUGCCCCGGACAGGCAGCAGAAAGACUCCAAUGUUAAUCAGGUAGAGGAGAUGGAGACGCAAGAAGUGGAGACUGUAGACACAGCUACUGGAAAGAUUUGGGAUGAAGAAUUUAUGAAAGAAUCUAAUGGUGAGGUUGUAAUGAGUGAAGUCAUGAAGAAUCAAGAAACAACAUCCUCUGAAAUGCCGCUGGCUUGCGUUGAUGCUGAAAUGGAAGACGAUGAAGCGAGGUCAGAAGCAACCUUUCGCUUUACAGUACACAAUUUCAGAAGCUUAAAGGACUCUGUGCUUUCACCACCAUGUUUUGUCCGCAACCUGCCAUGGAAGAUUAUGGUAAUGCCUCGACAAGCACCAUCCCCAGACCGUCAGCAGCAAAAGUCUCUAGGCUUCUUCCUUCAAUGUAACGGAGAGAGUGAAUCUUCUAGCUGGUCAUGUUAUGCAAUGGCAGAACUGAGACUUCUUUCUCAGAAACCAGACACUGAGCCCUUCUCUAGAAAAAUUCAACAUUUGUUUUAUAGUAAGGAAAACGAUUGGGGUUUCUCGCACUUUAUGUCAUGGAAUGAUGUACUGGAUCCUGAGAAAGGUUACAUCAAGGAUGAUUCUAUUACUCUUGAGGUGCACGUUACUGCAGAAGCACCACAUGGAGUGUCUUGGGAUUCUAAGAAACAUACUGGUUAUGUUGGUCUUAAAAACCAGGGUGCAACCUGUUAUAUGAAUUCAUUGUUACAAACACUUUAUUUUACAAAUCAAUUGCGAAAAGCUGUAUACAAAAUGCCCACAGAAUCUGAUGAUAGUACAAGGUCUGUUGCAUUGGCACUACAAAGAGUAUUCUAUGAAUUACAAUUUUCUGAUAAGCCUGUUGGCACGAAGAAAUUAACCAAAAGUUUCGGUUGGGAGACACUUGAUUCUUUUAUGCAGCAUGAUGUUCAGGAGUUUUUGAGGGUACUCUUGGAUAAACUGGAGAGUAAAAUGAAGGGUACAUGUGUGGAAGGAACGGUACCACGUCUAUUUGAGGGUAAAAUGACUUCCUAUAUCAAGUGCAAGAAUGUGAAUGUGUCUAGCACACGCGUGGAAACAUUCUAUGAUAUACAGUUGAAUAUAAAGGGGAAGAAAAACAUUGAUGAAUCAUUCAAAGAUUACAUUAGUACUGAGACAUUGGAUGGUGAGAACAAAUACGACGCUGGUGAGCAUGGCUUGCAGGAAGCUGAAAAAGGUGUUAUAUUUGCAUCUUUUCCUCCAGUACUACAUCUACACCUUAUGAGGUUCCAGUAUGACCCUAUCACCGACAGUUCUGUGAAGUUUAAUGAUAGGUUUGAGUUCUAUGAGCACAUUAAUUUAGAUGCAUACUUGCAAGAGAAACCUGAAAUUCCGGCUGAUUAUACAUUGCAUGCAGUUCUUGUACAUUCUGGCGAUAAUCACGGCGGGCAUUAUGUUGUGUUCAUUAAUCCUAAGGGUGAUGGUAAGUGGUGCAAGUUUGACGACGAUGUGGUGUCACGUUGCACGAAGCAGGAGGCCAUCGAGUACAACUAUGGCGGACACGACGAGGAUAUGACCCUGACAGUGCGCCAUUGCACAAACGCUUACAUGUUGGUCUACAUUAGAGAUUCACAGUUGAAGACGGUAUUGCAAGAAGUAACUCAAGCUGAUAUACCCACUGAGCUCAGUGAAAGACUGGCAGAAGAGAAGAGAAUUGAGACGAUACGUCGCAAGGAACGUAAUGAAGCGCACCUGUAUAUGAACGUAAAUGUUGUGCUUGAGGAGGCGUUCGAUGGUCACCAGGGUAAUGAUCUGUACGAUCCUGAGCGAGCACACUACAGGGUGUUCAGAGUUCGUAAGCAGGCCACUGUAGCUGAACUCAUGGAGAUGUUGGCAGAGAACUUCCGAUACCCGCUUAAACAUAUCCGUCCAUGGCCAUUUAGUGCGCGUUCUAAUCAUACCUGCAGACCAACGUGCCUGGACAUUGUUAAUGAUCAGCAGAAGACAGUGGCUGAUAUUUCUGAGAACAUGAACCCAUGGAACAUAUUCUUGGAAAUGUUGCCUCCGGACUCUGGUUUUAGUGCCUUGCCCCCCUUCGACAAAGAGAAUGAUGUUGUGCUGUUCUUCAAGUACUAUGAUCCCAAACAGAAGCGCAUACACUACUGCGGCCACCAUUACCUCCCUAUCGCGAGCAAGCCCGCCGAUCUCAUACCAAUACUCAAUAAACGUGCAGGUUUCCCACCUGAUACACCUCUCGUCUUGUAUGAAGAGAUUAAACCCGACUUUGUGGAGAAGAUUAAUAACUACAAUGAUCCACUGGAAAAGGUAUUGGACGAACUGAUGGACGGCGACAUCAUCGUGUUCGAGCGGGCCGACCACCGCCACGACGAGCUCGAGCUGCCCACCUGCCAGGACUACUUCAAGUACAUAUUCUACAAGGUCGAGGUGCAGUUCAUUGACAAGACUGUACCAAAUGACCCUGGGUUCACUAUGGAGUUGUCAAUGCAAAUGCGCUAUGACCAGAUGGCUCGGGCAGUGGGACAACGACUGAAUGUCGACCCAUACUUAAUACAGUUCUUUAAAUGUCAAAAUUAUAAAGAUACUCCAGGACCUCCACUUAGAUACUCAUAUGAUGGAAUUCUUAAGGAUUUGCUAGUGUACUGUAAACCAAAGUGCCCCAAGAAACUGUUCUAUCAAAUUUUAUCUAUUAAAGUUAAUGAAUUGGACAACAAGAAGCAAUUUAAAUGUUUAUGGGUUGGUCCCAAUUAUAAAGAAGAUAAAGAAUUAAUUUUAUAUCCAAAUAAAGGAGGUAAAGUGGCGGAUAUCUUAGAAGAAGCAGCGAAGGUUGUUGAAAUGUCUCCAGAAGGUUCUGGCAGAUUAAGGAUUGUCGAGGUGUCGUGUCACAAGGUGUUACCAGGUCCAGACCCAGAGCUGACACUGGAUCAGGUGACCAUAUCUCCACCAAGACUGUACAGAAUAGAGGAGAUACCCAAGGACGAACUGCAUUUGCAGGAUGACGAGGUGCUGGUACCGUGCGCGCACUUCCACAAGCAGGUGUACGCGACCUUCGGCAUUCCGUUCUAUACGCGCGUCAAGCACCUCGAGCCCUUCCAGGCCGUCAAGGACCGCCUGCAGAAGAAACUCGACAUACCUGACAAGGAGUGGGAAAAGUACAAUUUUGCUAUAGUGACAAAUGGCAGACCUAUUUACAUAAGCGAAGGAGUGACAAUUAAUAUAUUCGACUUCAGGCCAAGCAGUAACGCAAACGCGACGGGAAGGCCUUGGCUCGGACUCGAGCAUAUCAACAAGACACCGAAGCGCUCCCGUAUCAAUUACUUAGAAAAAGCAAUCAAGAUAUAUAACUGAGCCAUUAUAUUCGCACCCUGGCUUAUUUGAUGAGAACACGCUGGUUUUGGUCAGGGGCGAAAAACAAACCACACGUCUCCCCCGGGAGUAAUGAAUUCUUUUGAAUCAUGGAACACAGUUUUUAUAAAUAAUUAAUAUAAAGAUGAAGCAAUACUACGUUACUGCCGUGCGAAAUAGCAUUUUAAUACAUAGCCUUAUCCACACGUUAUUGUACAUCGCUGACAGCAAGUUGACCUUCGCCCCCGCUCUCCAUUGUUUAUAGAUUUCAUUAAUGAUAGUGUGUGUGUGUAUCACUGUAAACGCAAUAGUUCUGCAAGCAAACACAUUUGCUGGCAUUGUUAAUAUAUAGUUUUAUUAUUUAUUUCUCCUUUGUAUUUUUUAAGGCUGGUGUAUAUUGAGUCAGCUAACCGGCGCCAGUUCGAACGUCAAGCGAUACGUUGAAAGGUGAUCUUCAAAACAACUGACUACUAUCGACUUGUUUACAGUCUAGUGCCAUUGGUACGGAGAUUGUGGUAAAAAUGGAGGGGGGCACUGAUUUCGAAAAUAUACCGCUCUAUUUCGAGUCAGCCUAGACUAGUAAGCGCUGGAAUGCCUUGACAAAUACUGAUAUUACUGACUGACGCCUAUUAAUCACUCAAUGUAAAUCUGCCUUUAGUUUGGGAAGGGUCUCGUUUUUCAACAACGUGGUAAAUUUUUUAAUUAUUUUUUAGCAUUUCCAAUUAUAAUAUCGUAUUGUGGCUUCAUAACUGUUGUAAAGAAACCUAUAUCAAUCUGCUAACAAAAUAUCAAGUUGUGUGUUAUUGUAUAUCCGGUUUGUUAGGCGGGAAGUAGAAUGCGACGCUGCACGAUUGUGCCAAUCGCUUAAAAUUCGAAAUUAUUUGUUUCUAUCGACUGGUUGUUUAGGCUUUUGGUGAUUCGGCAAAGUUAACCUUUAACAAAUUGAAAUAAAAUGUAUUUUUUUUUGGAUUUUAACAAAAUAUCUUGGAAAGUUUUAAUUGUAUCACCUAUAUAAUGUAAGUUUUCGCAUUUUUUAUACAACUUUUCCGUAUAUAUAAUAUAUAUGGCGUAAUUUGUAGCAAAAAUUUGCUCUCGUUCUUGUAUCAGUUAAAUUAACAUGAAAUAUAGGGGGCUAUUCAUUGUGCUAACCAAUAAUUUUUCGAUAUGACGAUGUGAUAUGAUGUUACACUAUCAUUUCUUUUUUAUCGGCAAUAGAAGCUAGCUAUAAUAGAUUUUAAACUUAUAUACUAGAAUACAGAUCUUGAUAGCCUUCGGCAGUGUCAAUAAAUCAAUAUAUGCCUUAUUUUACACCAAUGUACAUUAAAUAAUUAAUAUGAUAUAUAAUUAUAAAGAACGUACAAAAUCACUAUACGUAUACAGUUAAACUCUACGACUUAUUACAAAAAAUAGUUUAUAAUUAGUUUCAGGUUUAAGAAAUCUCUUUCAUAAAAGAAGUACCGCGGAAAAUAUGCGAAAUAUUAUGUAAAAAAAAUGGAAUUCGACGGCAAAUGUCAAAACAAAGGGACUUCUUUUGUGAGAAAGACUUCUUAAACCAUAUUUUAAGCCGAAGACUCAACAAACCAUGUUUUGUAAUAAGACGUUAUCUGUUUGUGCUUAUUAGAUAAAACAAGUAGUAUAAAAUCAAAAUUUGCAUUGAAAUACAGCACGUGGACGUAAGGAUUACUCAAAGAAACAAUCUGCUAUAAUCAGGUAGCUUCGACUUUGUAAGACUCAUUCUAGUAUUACUAAAGCCUACAUAACUGGAAAUUAUUUUACGAACUAGUACAUAUUAUUUAACAAAUAUUUUAUUAACAACAUUAUGUAGAAUCCUCAGUGAUUUAAAUAAUAAAAAUUGAGGGUCCGAAAUUGCGUGGUUUUGUAUUUGCUUACGUUUUAUAUCAAUAUUUAAUGGUUGUGUUCUUUUUUUAAAUAAUAAUAAGCUUUCGUUAAUUUAAUAUAUAUGAUUUCUAUAUACUUCAUCUACUACUGUAAACAAGUCUGAAUUAUUAUUAUUUCGAUUUGCUACAUUAUUUGUUAGCUACGUGAUAGUAAUUUUUAACAAUGUUUGUAUAUAGCUAAAGCUUGAAUUGCUAUGAAAAUAUUUGUAUUCACAUGUGCUUCCUUAAGCAAACAAAUCAAAUGUUUCCAUAAUCGAAAAUUUCUCUGAAAUCACUAUGUUGAAAUGUGUACAGUAAUGUUUAAUUUUUGUCGAAUUACCAAAUUUAAUAUAAAUAAAGAUAUGCGUUAGAGGAAACAAAUGAAAUUGGCGAAUUGGCAGUCCUUAGACGAGAGUACUUUUAUUGCAUGUAAUAGUGUAACAGUUAGCACUGCAUAGUUAGAUCUGGCUUAAAGCCAUGUCAACAACUGAACAUGUAUAUUUUACUAUUUAAUUUUUUACUUGACCUGCCCAGAAAUGUUACGUUAUUAAUAAAAAUGAUUAUGUCGAAAUUAUGUAUAUAUAUGAUGUAAUAAAUUAAGAAAACAAAAUACAAUAAGUUUUUCGUAAAGAUGCCUUAGACAUUUCAAGAUGUUUUAGUAUUUAAAACAAUACAAAUUACUUUAUUACCUACCCUUUAUGUUCUUUUUCCAUACUCAGCAUAAAUGGCCAAUUGCAUUGUGUGAGAUAUACUCUCAUUGUUUUACUGAAUUUAUUUUACAUUUUCAGUUAAAUCAGUUUUCAUUUUUAUGUAACAAUGUUUGUCGGUUACACUGUUUUAAUUAACAUAGUUUGAGGUAUUUUGAGAGGAAGUUAGUUAAAUAGUGGCUUCAAUUAAUCGCCAAACUUUAAUAUAAUUGCAAAUGGGAUUAUAGUAUCUAUUAGUUGAGUUACCUACUGAAAUGUCUGUAGUAGCCCUCGUGAAGCCGAGUGUAGCGCAGCUUCAAACAUUUGGAACCUGUUUCCGAUGUUUGCUAUGUUGGAUUUGAAUGUUUCACUGAAUAUAAUCCUAUAUUUGUUCACUUUGGUUUGUUUUAAACUGUUUAUGCGUCCUUGUACAUAUAUAUAUAUUUAUAUAGAACUUCAAAUUUUUAUAUUCUAAAAUUAGAUGUCCUGUAUUCGAUUGGGGAGUUCCAAACUUAAAUUAAUGUUAUAUAAAAUCAGUGAUUACUU